AUGGACAUACUCACUUCGACCGUUUCGGCCAUCAUGACCACCACCCAAAUAACUCUUCAUGAGUUUAGGAGUGAAUUGCUAUGGGCACUGAUCGUCGGUAUCAUCCUGGCGUUCGUGCUUGGCUUCGGCAUGGGCGCCAACGACGUGGCGAACGCAUUCGGUACUUCGGUUGGCAGCGGGGUUCUGACCCUGAAACAAGCCUACGUUCUCGCGACAAUUUUCGAAACACUCGGAGCGCUAUUGGUUGGUUACAAUGUAACGGAUACAAUGCGAAAAAAUGUCAUCGAAAUUGGUCUAUAUGAAAGUCAACCAAAAGAACUGCUCAUUGGUCAGGUGGCCAUUCUUGCAGGUUGCUCAGCAUGGCUGAUGAUUGCUACUCUGUUGCGUCUUCCUGUCUCAACAACACACAGCCUGACAGGUGCAACUGUCGGUUUUGGACUAGUUACUCGUGGUGCAUCCGGUAUUCACUGGAAACAAAUCGGAGCUAUUGGUAAAUUUUACUGCGAAUCUUUUUACGCUUAUCGAUUAUUGCUACAUUUGGCUUCACUUCCAUUGUGGAUGUCGAUUACCAUCAGUCUUGGACUAGCCACUGUUUGUGCAGUUGCCAUACAAUUCAUAAUGGUACCGCGAGUGAAAGCGUGGAUUGAAAGAACAUUUGCGAAUGAAAACAAAGGAGCAUUUGAAAAUUUCGAUGAUGAUUGCGAUGAUAAUCUCUCCUAUGAGAGCGUCUCAAUAGAAAAGGAUAGCUUCAGCGGUGUUGUCGUAUGUGAAAAACCUCCAAUAUGGACAACUGCAGCGAGCGAUUAUAGCCGUUCGAGCAUCAGCAGCGGAAUUAGCAUACAGUCUCUUAAAUCGACACUUAAUCCGACUAUUUUUGAUCCUAUCAAAUCAUUUUUCAAAUGGUUUUUACCGAACAAAAUGGUAAAAGAAGAUGCAAAAACACUGAAAGUCUUCAGUUCAGUUCAAGUUCUUACGGCUUGCUUUGCCGGAUUUGCUCAUGGCGCUAAUGACGUAAGCAACGCAAUCGCUCCACUCACCUCAUUGAUUCUCAUCUACGAACAAAUGAGCGUUUAUCAGACGGGUGAAACACCAAUUUAUGUGCUGUUUUUUGGUGUGUUCGCGAUUUGCAUUGGUCUAGUGUGUCUUGGCAAGAAAGUCAUCAGAACAGUCGGUACAAAUAUGUCCGAAAUUAGUUCGGCCAGUGGAUUCACAAUCGAAUUUGGAGCAGCUUUCACUGCACUUCUGGCCAGUAAAGCUGGUCUUCCGAUCAGUACGACACAUUCAUUGGUGAGUCGUCAUUUCAGCGAUCAUCAAGCAAGAAUGCUGCAACUAAGCAAGCUUAAAUGUUGCUUCAAGGAUAUUUUGGACUAUAAUUUGAACGGAUAUCAUAAAUAA